GAGCUUCCCCUCAAGAUUUUAAAAUGCGUUUGCGAGGGGAAGGUUCCACACCCUUAUAAAUUGUGGUGUAUUCUCGUCCCCUACCAAUAUGGGACAUCACGCUGUGCAUGUGCAUGUAGUUGUGCAACAAAUCAAGUGAUCAUGAUGUGCAAUUGGUCACAAUAUUCAAAGCUGGAGGCUCUGGAGUUCCCCCAGUGCUGCGUUGUAGUGUGUGUUAUUAUAUGGGUUUCUUAUAACCCUUUCUUUUUUGGAUGAACUGAAUUCCUCUCAUGGAGGAGUUAUGAUGAUUGGAGCUGUACAACAUUUAUUGGAUUCUUUGUUGCUGAUGUGCUGUGGUGUGCUGCUGUAUACAAGAAACCAACAAUGUCAUGGCCUGUUUGACGGGUGAUUAACAUGCCUUUUCUGCCUUCAGAACCAUUGCUAAUGUCCUUCCUACAUGCAGGUGCUGCUCUAAGUUACUAUCCAGAUUCAACCAUUGUCCAUGGCAGAGCUCGCAGCUGACUCCCAGGAGUUGUUGGAGAGGGGAUAUAUGCAAUAUGGAUGUGCACACUAUAAGCGAAGGUGUCGCAUCCGAGCUCCUUGUUGUAAUGAAAUCUUUGAUUGCCGCCAUUGCCACAAUGAAAUAAAGAAUAGUAUUCAUCUUGAUCAGAAGGAAAGACACGAGAUCCCGCGCCAUGAAGUCGACCAGGUUAUAUGCUCACUCUGUGGAGCUGAACAGGAGGUUCGCCAAGAAUGUAUGAACUGUGGUGUGUGUUUUGGGAAAUAUUUCUGUGAGACUUGCAAGCUGUUUGAUGAUGAUACAUCUAAGAAGCAGUAUCACUGUAAUGGCUGUGGAAUUUGUAGGUACGAUAUCCUAAUCCGUAUACCUUCUCAAAGAUUAGCGCUCCGUUCCCACGCUUACUCGAUGGCUUUUGAACGUUUUGACAGAAUCGGGGGGCGGGAGAAAUUCUUCCACUGCCAUAAGUGUGGUUGCUGCUAUUCAGCUAUUUUAAAAAAUGGCCAUCCCUGCAUCGAAGGAGCAAUGCACCAUGACUGUCCUGUUUGCUUUGAGUAUCUGUUUGAUUCGACAAACGACGUAUCGGUGAUGCCGUGUGGACACACCAUCCAUCAAAGUUGCUUGAAUGCGAUGAGAGAUCACUUUCAAUUUGCUUGUCCUCUCUGCUCCAAGUCCGUUUGUGAUAUGUCCAAGGUGUGGGAAAAAUUUGACAUGGAAAUUGCAGCUACUCCAAUUCCAGAGCCAUACCAAAAUAAAGUGGUUUGGAUUCUUUGCAACGAUUGCGGGAAAACGUCGAAGGUGCAGUAUCAUGUUGUGGCUCAAAAAUGCUUGAAUUGCAGGUCCUACAACACCAGACUGAUUGGCUAAGGAUGUGGAUAUGAAGGCCACAUCCCCAUCGUCCUGCAACUCUGAAAUGCUUCAAACCACUCGACGACAAUGACGACGAUGAUGACGACGUUCUGCAGCCUCCUCGUUUGUUUAUCUUCUUUAUUUGGUUGAUUUCUUGUAGUCCACCUCUGCCUUCUCCGUUCUUUUUGUUUGUUUCUCUUCUUUAUUUGGUUGAGUUCUUGUAGUCUACUUCUGCCUUCUCCGUUCUAUUUGUUGCUGUCUAUAUUGCUGUAUUUGCCCCUUCGUUCGAAAUAAGAUGCGCGCAUCGUAAUCGUGUUAGUGAA